CUAGGAGGAUCGGGAGGAGACCGCCGCAAUGAUUCGCGCGGCCGGAAUGAGAGAGGGGGAUAUGGCGCCUCAUCGGAGUCGUAUCCCAAGUCCCUGACCCCAGGGCAGCCAGGGGUUCGAUCUCUAGGAGCGCAGACGGCAGGCCAUCUAUGCCCAGAAACUCAUGCGUCUACUGUAGAGGAGAUGAUCAUAUCAAGAGAGACUGCCCGGACCUCAAACGGGCAAUAGAUGAGGGACUUGUCGUGCUUGAUGACCGCAAGUACGUCAAGUGGGCAGAUGAUCUGGGAGAUGUAUCGAUGUUCCCUUUGAUGAAGGAGAAUGUCGAAGCAAGGAGAGUAAAGCCGAGUGGAGGAAAGGAGUCAGUUAGGAGCCAGAGCAUCAAGAUAACUUUCGAAGGAGAUAUGGCAACCACACCCAUAAGGGUGGCAGCUACCAAGUUCGCUAGGGGGUCUACAUUGAAGAAGACUGACACGGAUUACGUGAUGGCGGAGAAGGACGGACAGCGGAUCGAUGGAGAGAAGGUUAUUCUUUCACCGCGAAAGCGGGGAGUGAAGAAGUUCUUGAUGAAGAGUUCGCUGGAUGAGAUUGACACGGUCGAGCCAUUGAGACGGACCCUUCGGCAGCCCAUGCAGUGCUCUAUUAUGGAAUAUCUGGCGAUAUCCAAGCCGGUUCGCGACGAGUUACAGAUGAUCACGCGGAAGACUCGCAUACCUCUAUCAGAGGAGGCUCAGGUGACCCCUAAGGCGGAUGUUCCUACUGUAACAGUAUCGGAGGUGGAAGCUAGAGCAGAUCGCAUGGUGACAGUUCUUCUUGAUGAGAUGGAAGGUGUGCCUCCAGACAAGUUUUACAUACUUGGAAGUGGAACCGUGGAGGCGGUCCUAAACGACAGAGCGGUUCUGGAUGCUGUGAUCGAUAACAACAGUGAGGCUGUCAUUAUAGAGGAGGAUCUGGCAGUGCAAGUUGGACGGGGCCUCGAUAGGUCAUACCUAUUCGAGAUAGAGACGACUGAUGGAAGAAAGCAACAGAUCACCGGGGCUUGUCACAAGGCAGCUAUAGAGGUCCAAUGGGUACGAGUGACCAUGCCGGUCUUUGCAGUCAAGAACUGCAACUCUAACCUGCUCUUGGGACGGACCUGGUUGAGCCAUGUGCAUGCGGUGACGAUAGAGCAACCGGACGGGAGCCAGACACUGUCCAUUAAGAAGUUAGAUGGGACGCGGGUUAUGAUUGAGACGGUGGAGCCUCGAGAUCCAAGGAACAGAGCAGCUCUCACUGUAGGAGCGGGACCCACUGAUCGGAUUAAGUCAUUACCUGUCUCCAGCCGCGCGGUGCGAUUUCGCGAGAAGAAGUACGGGCCUCAACUUACGGAAGAAGAAGGGCGGAUCGUCGAAGUGGAAGAUUUAGGAAAUCGACUGAUAAUGGAUGGGAACUCUUAUCCAAAGGAAAGGAACGAAGAAUUCGGCGACGUGAUAUCUGUGUCUUUUUUAAGGGCGCAACCCCCCCUACGCGGAGCAACCUAAACACCACAAGCGAGUAACUCAGAAAGUUAAACCUGCUGCGGUACGUCG